AUGGAGACGGAUAUAGAUCCCGCCUCGGCGGGCCACCAGGAGAUUCGUCUUCUCGUUGACGAAGUUAUUGAAUCAUCCAAAAUACCCGCCAAAACACGCCAGACCAACGUCAAAUCUACUAUUGCUAGUCUUACCUCACUAUCGUAUGAAUGGGGCCUUUUGCCUCAGACCCUUGAUGAUCUCAUCAUUCUCGUCACAACUCCAAAUCACCUUGACCAAGCAAGUCAAGCUGCUAUCAUCCGAAACCUGUAUCCCGUGGCACCUAUCUCUCGAAAAUCUGUGCUUCAAGUCAUCUCGUGCCUUGGACACGGAGCCCUCAAGCCAUCUCUGACUCUCCAGGCUGCUCUUCUCAAGUGGCUCAUCACAGUACACCACACUUUGGAACCUAACCUCAGCCACCUCCUGGCUCUCAUUACCAGACGCAAACAUGUCCAGCCUUUCAGAAUACAAGCCUUGCUUAGCCUUUCCCGGCAAACUGGACAUGACCCGUCCUUGAUCGGUCUUCUAAGAGUUUUCAAAGACUAUUACCCUGAAGUUAUUGUUGGAGACGCGCACCCUGAUCUGCAAUGGCGAGCAAGGCUCGACGAAAUCCAGGAUGCACAUCUUCACCAAACAGAAAAAGGCACAUUACGACCUCGAGAUGGCUUCCGUGUUCAUCGCCCUAUAGGGCGUAGUACUAGAAACAGAACAAUCCCUGUAGUCCACACGUCUUAUGUGGCAGAGAAUUCUGUUACAUUAGAGGAAAUCGAGAAUGUUGCAAGUUUCGUCAAGAAUCUUGACAAGCUCGAACUCCCCAAUCAACUAGUGGCUGUUCUGGCAGAUCCUUUGUUGCAGAAGCUCAUGCUUCUGAGGCCAGACGGCGAAUCUGAGCAGAGACUAGUCAACUGGCUCAAUGGUGUGCUGCAAGAUGUUCGUGAUGGCGAUGCAGACGAAAGCACCUUCUUUGACAUGCUGGAUAUCCUACGGGAAUAUGUUAUUUCUACCAAGAACCUUCCUCCUCUCCUACUUGACUUCUUUGCACGCUUUCUUCCGCUUUGGGAUGGAUCUGGACGUCGCGAUGCCAUAUUUGAGAUCUUAUCUUACUCCCCAUUACUGGACUUCCAAGGGCUAUACAAGCACAUCUUUCAGCCCCUAGAAGCUGCCACUCUUGACAAUAGCCCGGAAUCUCUGCUAGCGCUUCUCGCCCUGUACAAGAACCUUCUUCACCACUGGACAGUUCUGCUUGAAUCCAGUGACACAGUACCAGAUCAUGCCAGUGGGACUAUCACAGCCUUGGUCCGACACGUUAAUCCACUUGCUCUCACACUCUGCCAAACAUGUCCUUCUGUCUCAUCACGUUCUGCAAUUCUUGACUUCUAUGAGCGAAACGCCAGACUCGUUAGUCAUCAGGUCCUCAAGCACUACAUUUGCAUCGAACUACCCCCUUCAUCCCUCAUUUACAUUCUCUUCUUCAGCAGUUCUGCAGCCAUUGUCUCACGCAUGUGUGCCAUUCUCGCCUUUUACAAGAAAGGUUUCGAGAUGGCCAUGCUCACCAAGCCGGGGCGUGAGAAAAGUAGCCGCAUUGACUCUACAUCAUAUAACAGGACUUUUGUCAGCCUUUUCAAUGGCUACCUUAUGGACAUGUGCAAUUGCUUUUGGCGUGGCAGGGCUUUUACUAACAGUGACCCCAACGCACUUGGAUGCAUGAUUCCGAGGAGCCUCGUGCCUGUUCUGUCAUCGUAUGUGACUUCUGUGGACGAGGCUCAUACUCUAGCAUCUCUCUUCUCAUUGUCACACUCGCCACUCCUGAGCUUGCAAAGCAAACGAUGUAUUAGAGGUCUUGAGGAUGCCGAAGUCGAUAGCGAUUCUUCAUUGCGCACCAGGCAUGAGGGACCGCCGACACAGAGUAGCCUUGGGCAAUUGGCAAGUUCCGGGGGGCUACGCAUCUCGUGGCAGGAUUAUAGGAUCAAGGUGCUCGAGGCGCUGACUGCUAGUGAACUCGGAGGCAUUACAGAUCUUUUGAAGAACACAAUGACAGUUCUGAGGAGAUUAAUAGACGGCGAGGGCAGCUCCAGGCCAACCACGUCGCAGUCAUUUCAAUGA